UCCUAGAUGUAUGAAGGAACCGCAUUUUGAUGAGAUGAAUAUACUGGCAACUCUUCAUCCUGCUGACAAGGUAGCUUGAAUGAUAGACCUAGUCCACCAGGUAUUGACAGAUGGAACAGUCUCAGAGGCUCUUCUGGUCGGCAAAAUGACACUAAUAGAUAAAAAGGCCCCUUCUUUGCUCGUCAAUCAAAUGCGCCCACUCACAGUCUCGUGUGGGAUGCUAAAAAUCAUCACUAAGGUGUUACGAUGUUACAUGGAUGAAUGGACAAGAUAUGUGAAUCAAAAGAAUAUUAUGGGAGAAUCCUAUAUGGAAUCAGAUCAGGCUGGUCAACCUCAGAUUGUGUUUUUAUACUGUAGUUACCUAUACGCAAAACUAAGAGUAAAGGUCGUACCAUAUCAAUCGCAUGCCUAUGUUUUCCCUAUGCAUAUCGGGGCUGGGUAAAGUCCUACACAGUACACACUAUGAAGGAAGGUGUCAACUUUGAUGGCGAAGUACUUUCAGCUUUGUUGUUUGCAGAUGAUUUAGUACUGAUCUCCAGGACCAAACGAUAAGGAAUGGAGCGUAUGCUAAGAGCAGUUAACAGAUUUUGCCAAGGGAUGGAUGUGAAGUUAGCUGUCGAGAAGUGAUGCUUACCACGGGACCCUCAGAGACUUAUAUAAAGUAUCAGAAAACGAUCCAAGCCUGGAGGCAGUUCUGGUAGGCAAUGAUCAUGGAAUAAGAAAACUGAUAAAGUUCUCAGAUCUAUUUUUGAGGCAGUAAUGAGGUCUCCGCUAGAUCAAAGGGCUAGACAGGAUUACGGAUUCAUGAAGAUCGAUGAACCGAAGACUCCGUAUGGAGAGUAUGAUAGUGAUGGAGAAGGAGAGAAGGAUGAGCUAGAUGCAAACCUUCUCGCCGCCAGGAUUACAGCAGACGGACACAAGGACCCCAGAAGGCGAAGGGUGAGUGAGCCUAGUGGGGAUGAGGAGGAUCUAGCUCUACUGAGUACAGAGGAGCGUGAGCAGAGGUUAAAGUUUGAACAGAAGAGAAAGAUGCAUUACAAUGAGUUCCAAGCGGUUAAAAUAGCUCGAGCUCUCAUGCAGGAGGAAGGAGUCGGCGAGGUGAACGAGACUGCAAUGGGUGAGAAUGUACCUAAACUGGAGGAGAUGGCCGAUGUCUCGCCUAAACCUGAAGAUGGGAGCCAAGUAUCCCCGAUGGAGAUUGCCCCAUCUGAAUCCUAAAAGUCCACGACUCCAACUAAAUCAGAAUCGAGAAUUUAUGCUACGGAAGUCCGAGCUUAAUUGCGUUUUAAGCUCCAGUAAAUUCUGAACACUGUUCUGGAGUAAACGCUGUGGAAUGACUUGAUCUAGGAGUAAUGCAUGUGUAGUUGUCACAGUAUUCAACGUUUAGUAUUUAGAGAUUUAACUGUUUUAAUCAAAACCUUUAGUGAGGCAGGGUUCCUACACCCAUCCUCCAGCAUUCCUUAGAUUCAAAUGUGAUUCGAAAUCAAUGUUUAUUUAUGCCAAAGCUAAAUAUUUAUUUAUGUUUGUGAUAUUUUUUUGCAGCAUUGAAAUUAUAAAUUGUCGACUGUACUUUGAACCCGAUUAUGCAAUAGAACAUUUAGCAUCACAAAUAGAAUACUCAAAAUGUAAA